CAACAAUGCUUCGCUUAACAGAAUCGAGUGUGCCGUUGCGCCGAAUGUAUGUCUUCGCGUGAUCGCGGCGGCUGUGGCGAACAACAAAAAAAAAACAUCACUCUAUAUGUGCACACUUUUUUUUUUCGAAAAGGAUUACUUUUUUUCGAGCAAAAGUGAACUAAAAACAUGUAUUGUACUUAGUUGUGUGUGUGAUUUUAUUUUUCGGUUUUCUUUAUUUGUCUGUGGCAGUGUAAGAAGUGAAAUAUUUUGUGUCCCAUGAGGGAUCUCACUAUAAAAUGUGGAUAACAUACACGAGAAAGGAUAUCUUGUGGAUUACGUUUACGGGCAUUUCGUUUCUUUGCUGCUUUCGGGAAGCAAUAGGAUUUGUGUCCUGCUCACCAAGUCCAUGCAAGAACGGAGGGGUGUGCAUAACUUCCCCCAGAGGUGAUUCUUCCUGCGAGUAAGUACAAGUUUUCCGACUAUUUCAU